AUGGGGGCCUUUGGCUAUCGCGAUCACUUUCCACACAAGUCUUUGGGUGAUUCCCAGAACAAUCUAUAUAGAAGACGAACUAUAUUCACUCGGAAACAACUGGACUCACUGAAGAAAGUCUAUGAGGCAACCCCAUAUCCAAACCCCAAGCUCAUGAAAGAAAUUGCCUUGCAAAUGGACUUGAAUCCCAAAGUUCUUCAGAUUUGGUUCAAGAACCAACGAGCAAAACGCAAGAGAGUCAAAUGUGACACUCAGCAGAAACAACACCAACAGUCACCUCAAGUCCAGCAUCAGCAAUCACCUCAAGUUCAAUGCCAGCAUUCACUUCAUAGUGGAGUCAAUACCAGUCCAUCCCAGAGUAAGGAGAAUAUACCACUAGGGGCCCCUACCAGCAUCCUGCCUGUGGCCCAAAUUUAUACCAACGAUGAGAUGCCCUCUUUCCAACUCAGUGUAUACCCUGACUUGAAGGACUACAAAUAUCCCCCUGGGGGUCAUAAAAUAGUCCAUUUUGGUUGUUGCCAGGACCCUGCCAUAUACUGGCUUCAACCAAUCUUGUGGUCUCCCAAGUACCUCUCAUUCAAUCAUUUCAUCUCUUUACCCACAAAAACAGAAAAAGAAGCUAGAAACAACAGUAACUCAUAG